ACAUAGAAACACACAUUUAUUUUAGAUCGAGUACCUUUCACGUGUUCGUAUUUGCAAUGCAACUGUAGAGCACACAUUGAAACUACAAUACAAGAAGAGGUGGUAGCGUAACUACUGCCACCACAUAAAAAGUUGAGCAUCUUCAGUGGGUGGAUGGUGCAGUUCAUAUAUAUUACUAUAUAAGUAUGAGUGCAACUACCACAUUGAGACAGGAACGAAAAUGAGAGGGGUGUUUUUAUAAGUUUUGGUGUUUUUUGUAGAGACAGAAACAAACCUUCAAAAUCCCAACAUUCACAACUACACAGCAGGAAAAAAUCUGUCCGCACUGUUAGUGUUUAAAAAAUAAGUGGGGUAGAACUACCUCUCAUCGGAUGAAUAAUUUACAUAAAGGCUGAUCACAAUGUACAAUCGAGCAAUAGUCCAUCACAGGAUACGACUGUUUUAACAUCCGAAAAAGCUCAUCAGUAUAAAGUGCAACUUUGUUUAAAAUUUUGCUUUGACUAUUUAUUGGUUUAGUGUACGAAUUUUGUGUACCAAAUACUACUAAAAAAUCGCGAUGAAAAUUCUGUGUGUUGUUGUUUGCAUUAUUUUAAUGUUGGUUGAAUCAUUAGCACAAAACAAUCAAUAUUUGCCCCCGGAUAAAGGUUAUGCUUAUGACAAACCAAACCAGCAGUUUCCCUCUUCACCUCAACCACAGCCUUCUCCUGGACGUCCAGCACCCUCUUAUGGUCCACCUUCUCAGGAUAACCAUCAUCAUGAACCUGGAAUGCCUUUCGAUUUCCAAUAUAAAGUGAAUGACAUUGAAACUCAAAAUGAUUAUUCUCAUAAAGCAGUGAGUGAUGGAGAUGUGACUCGUGGCGAGUAUCGAGUUCAACUUCCGGAUGGACGCACACAAAUUGUGCGCUAUACUGCUGACUGGAAGAAUGGUUACAAUGCAGAAGUAUCAUACGAAGGCGAAGCGAAAUAUCCAGAAGGACUUGGCCAAGGUGGUGCUAAUGCAGGAGGAUAUAAGUACUAAAAAUUGAAACUCUGUUCGUUCAUCGCUCAUCUCUCAUAGAUCGACAUAAUUGUCCAUACUCGCAUUCGAUAAGACUACGAUUUAUUUGACAAACAUGUACCAUCAAAAUAAGCUCCAGCAAUAAAUACAAUGAAGUCAUAAUUAAAAUAAGAUAAUUAAUAUAUGGGUCGAAUAAAGUCCGCAUUAAGCACUGCAACUAGCUACCAUCGAUAAACAUCGGUGUUUUGUUCAUUAUUGGUUGAAUGUUUGUUAUGUACAGAGACCUCUAGAUUAGUAAGAUAUUGAUUGUUCAAGUCGUUAUAAAAUAAUGAUUGUUAUUGAUGAUAACGGGGAGAAACAUAGAAUGCCAGCGCAAGUGUCAAGUGGUCUUUCCCGAAAUCAACGUGCGAUUAGAAAUAGUGGAUUUUUUAACCACUUCUGUUACGAACUCUUUACCGUACCACUGUUACGUACUGCUAUACAUGAAUUCAUUGAAAUAAAGGGAAGUAAAAAAA